AUGCAGCGCUGGCGCAGCGCUCCGCUCUCUCUCCCGCAGUUACUGGGGAGCGGCGCAGCGGCGCCCAGGCACAGCUCCCCGCCGCCAGGCGCAGCGCCGCGCCGUCCUCCCGCCGCCGCUCAUCGCUCGCCGCGCUGCCGCCGCCGCCCUCCGCCUCCUCCUCCUCCUCCUCCUCCUCCUCCUCCUCCUCCCUCCUCCUCCCGCCCUCUCUUCUCCGCCGGAUUCCUGCAGACGGCCGCGGCCCGGCGGCGGGGGAAGGGAGGGGAGGGGAGGGGGGGCCGAACGCCGCGAGGGAGCGGCGGCCGGUGCCGAGCAGGAGGCUGGCGGCGGGGGGAGGGCGGCGUUUUAAGGCGGCCCGGGGGUGAGGGGGAGGGCCGGCAGCGAGGGGCUGCGUCACCGCGGUGCGGUGCGGGAGGGGGUGCGGCAGAGAGAGCCCCCGACCCGCGGAGGGCUGCGGGAAGUUGGGCGCUGCGCUCCCCGCUCCGCCGCCCCCUCACAGGAAAACUGGGCGGAAGCGUCGGCUCCGGGUCCUUCCGCCGCCGCUGCGCGAUCCAAAAUAACCGCAGGGGAGCGGGGCGGAGGGAAGCGGGCGGUCCCCCCCACACACCCCUCCCGCACACCCCUCCCGCUGCCCGGCCGGGCCCAGCGCUCGCCCCGCGGCCGCUCAGCGCUCCCAAAGUAGUUCCCGCGGCGCUGCCUCACGCCAUUCCCGGGAGCCGCCGCGGAGGGAUACGCUGCACACCGCCGAGCGCUGAGUGGGGGAGCCGCGGGGGCCCGGGCCGGUGGGGCUGAUGGGUACCGAGAGCGGGGCCCCCGCCGGAAUCCCCCUGCGCCGGGCCGGCGGGAUCGAGGCGUGAAGAGGGGCAGGCAAAAGAAGGCAUGGGUGGUUUACGUUCACUGUAACGUUCCAGUUCCAAGCUCCAAAGGGGCUCUGCCAUCAGCGCGAUGGAGCAAUCAUAGCAAGCUGCUGUCACGCCGCUCUGCUUAGUGGCCCACGUGGCACGUGUUUGCACGCAUCCCAAACGUGCCCUGUGAUGCUCUCUUCCUUAUCAGGGCAGCUUUUGGAGGAAAUUUUCUAAUUGUUUAGUAAAAACAUUUUUUUUCCAAAAAUGGUACAGUCAAAAAUGGAUCAGUUAUUCAUGGCACAAUCUCAUCUAAAUACUAAAAAUAUACCAGAAACCCAGUUUUGCACAAUAUUACAAUUCUCGGUGAUUCAAAUGUGCAAUUUGUAGAUAGGAACCUCCCGCCUGCCCCCCUAAAAAAGUGUUUUGGAUCUCAGCUGUGGGGACAUCAUGUUACUCUACUUAGCAGCGAGAAUCCUUUUAGAAUACUUUCUGCCUUGUGACGGGCAGAUGAUGUCUGGUACAGGAGUGCUCAGGAACCAGCUCCGUUUGUGAUACAGCUCUAUUCAGACACCUCUGAAGAAAGAGACAUGAUAAUGACAAAAAGAAAGAGAAGUCUGUUGCAUUUUUUUUUAAUUCCUUAAAUUUAUUUAUUGUCAUAAUGCUUUUCACCAUGAAAAAUCAAUAAAAUGAACUCAUUUGUAAUUAGCACAAAUAAUUAAAGCUUUUAAGAAUAUCUA